GCCGCAGUUAUGAUAGUUGGCUCUGGGAUGUCGGACCAUUUCAGAAAUGUGCUGGAGUCCCAUACAAGCUGGACCAGGUACUUGACCUGAAGGCGAGCUAUGCGAUAUGACUCUCUGAAUGCAUCUUUCUAAGAGGGGAAUCGGAUCGACCAGGCAGUCUCUUGCCUCAUUUUAAAAAUUGUACAGCAGAACAAUUCGACAAGUUGAAUGCACAGCUACUAAAGACCAGUUAAUCUCUACAUUACAGAGGAGUUAAUCACAUUAAUACCCUUAUAGUGACCAUGCAGCUGUUAUUUUGUAGACUUCGCACACAUCAGUGGUGCUUUCUUCUCUUCAAUGUGGUCCUCUUCCAUGCCUUGCUCUUUGGGGCUGACUUUAUGGAAGAAUAUCUGCUCCAGUCCUUCCCGACUACUUACACAGAUGCCCAAACCUUGGAUAUUCGAGAGAGAGCCAGAAAGCUAGACAUGAACUCAGUCAAGAGGAACGUCUCCAGGUUCUUUCACAUCGGCAAUGUGGAAGCUUGCGGUGACAGCGAUCUCUUCCUCCUGGCCGUCGUUUCCAGCAAGGCAGAAAACAGAACACGACGAGAAGUUAUUAGGAGGACUUGGGCUAAUGUGACUAAAGUGCAAGGAUAUCACUUGAUGACGCUCUUUGCAAUCGGUAUCCCUCAAGCACCAGCAACACAAGAGGACAUCAAUGAAGAGUUUGCAAACCACAAAGAUAUCAUCCAAGGCACUUUCUUGGAUUCGCCCAGCAAUAACAUCCAUAAAACCAUAAUGAUCAUACGUUGGGUUGUGACAUUUUGUCCUAAGGCUUUAUUUAUUCUUAAAUCUGACGAGGAGACCUUUGUUAACUACAGAAGUUUGAUGGAAUAUUUGCUUGGUUUGAAGAGGCAUGCAGAAGAUCUCUACAUUGGGAGGGUUUAUCACCAGGUUCUGCCAAUCAGAAACCCCCUGAGCAAACACUACAUGCCUGUCAGUCGGUAUUCGGAGAAAUUCUACCCUGAUUAUUGUAGUGCCACUGCUUAUGUCAUCUCCCAGGACGUGGCCAGGAAGAUUUUUGUUGUUUCCCUAGUGACGGACACCUCAAUGCCUGAAGAUGUUUACAUUGGAAUCUGUGCUAAGAAGGCUGGUGUGGUGCCGAUCCAUAGCUCUAGGUUCUCCGGGGAGAAGCACAUCAGGUUCAAUCGCUGCUGCUACAAUUUCAUCUUCAGUUCUUUUGGAAUGACGGAUGAGGAGUUGGCCAGGGCCUGGGAGGAGAUAACUGACAGCAGACACUGUGCUAUGCUGGAGAUAUACUAUGGACUGGUCAAGUGCAAAGCAUUAACCUAUCUGGACAAGCUCACAUAAUGCGAUAGCGUUAGGUCUGGGGAUUUUGUUGUACUAUCACUUGAAAUGUUGCUUGAUGAUAAUGGCAAUCCCCAUAAAAUGCAAUUCUUGAUGAAGUAAAUCGGAUGGUCAUGAGUUUAAAUCCCACUACAGACACUUGAACACCUAACCUGCGCUGCACAGCUUUUCUCAGGAGGAUAUUACACAGUUGUUUCGAGGUAAAGGUGUUCCCAGUGUCCCUGUCAAUACUUUGCCUAAUAAUUAAUAAACAGGUUACCUGGCCCUGGUAACAUUGC